UUGAUAUAGCCUACCUACCUUUUCAAAAUCUUCUUAACUUCUUUCAUGUUCAGUUGCUUUGAUUGUAAAAUUUUGCACUUUAGAAACCCGAGUAUUAAUUAAAAAAUUCAAUUCAAUAGGGAAAGCCAAGUUAAAGUCUUUGUGUACAAAUAGGUACUAACGUACCUUUCAUAUUUUUCAAUGGCUGAAAUAGAUGCAUUUCUUCUGGAUAUAUUCAAUGCAGAACAAGAAGAACGAGUUCAAAGGCUGAACAGAUUUCAUCAGCUUCGACUAGAAAGACAACAACUUCGAGAUGUAUCAAAUCCUUUUACUUUACCUGCCGAAUUCUUUAGAAGAUAUUACAGAAUGCCUCCACAUGUAGUGAUGCGACUGAUUGGGUUGGUUGAGAACAGACUAAUCAGAGAGAGGAGUACUGCAAUCCCUACACAUCUUUCAGUAUUAAUUACUUUAAGAUUUUUGGCCGAAGGAGGUCUACAAAAAGGUUUCGCACAAGAUUUUGUACAUCCUGUAAGCCAGAGUACAGUUAGUCAAUGCAUUGCUCGAGUCAUUGAUACUAUUAAUCAUUUAGCAGAUGACUUUAUGAGCUUUCCUGGAACAGAAGGGCAAAGAUAACAUAAUUCAAACCGCAUUCAAAGGACUACUAGGAUUCCUGGUAUUAUUGGGGCUGUUGAUGGUUUUAUGGUGACGUUUUAUAGGCCAACAAUAAACGAAGAAGCAUUUUUUAACUAUCGUGUAGGAACUUCCAUGAAUGUACAAAUAAUUGUAGACUCCGACUAUAACAUCCUCAAUAUUCGAGUAUGUCCUGGAAGUAAUAACGACCGGUUCGUCUGGCAAUUUUCAGAAGCUAAAGAAUACAUGGAAGAUCUACGAGCAGAUGAAAAUUUUCCUAAUCGUUACUAUAUAAUAGGAGAUAGUGGCUACACUCCCUCUCGGGUAUUAUUAACAUCGGAUCUCAAUGCAGCAGAAGGAUCUCCAGCUCAUGUAUAUACAUUAGAGCAUGUAAGGACUCGAUGCAUUGUGGAGCGUACUAUUGGAAUACUUACCAAUGUGUGGUUAGUUAUUAAUCGAAGUAGAAAAUUGCAUUAUUCUCCAGAAGCAGUAGUAAAUAUUAUUCAUGCUUGUGCUGUUUUGCACAAUUUUCGAAGAAGACAAGGCAUUUUAGAUGAAAAUGAUCAUAAUUUUCAGCCUGCAGAGCUUCGUGAUGAUGUUAAUAGGAGAGGAAGAGGAGAAGCAGCAGAAUAUGCAGCAGGAAUUGCAGAAAGAAACCAUAUUAUUACACAGCAUUUUAUGUAGAUUGUAACAAUUUAUUUUAUUCUUUUUAUAAAUAAAACUUGUGUUCUGGCAUCGUAUAUUGUGGAAUGUAGUAGAUUUUUUUUAUCAUAAAAAAUUAGUUAAGCAUUUCGAUUAAUAUUAAAUUAAAUUAAUUAAAUAAAUUAAAUUGAUUAAUUCACAUAUGGGGAAUAGCAUGUCACCUUCGAAUUUAAAUUAAAUGUAUGAGUCGCCAUUCAUGUCACGAGAUACGAGUGCGCUAUAGUCAUAGUCGUAGUGCGUGUGUCUACGAGCCAACACAAAAUCUCUAAUAAAAAUUCUGUGAGAUAGGGGA